AUGUAUAAAAAAAGGCACCUUUUCCUUUCGGUUCGCCUUCUUUUUCUUCUUUUUGAGUGUCUUGGCCUUCUUCACAGCUUCUUCCUUGGCCUUCUUUUCAGCUUCUUCCUUAGCCUUCUUUUCAGCUUCUUCCUUGGCCUUCUUCUCAGCUUCGUCCUUGGCCUUCUUCUCAGCUUCAGUCUUGGCCUUCUUCUCAGCUUCUUCCUUUGCCUUCUUCUCAGCUUCUUCCUUAGCCUUCUUUUCAGCUUCUUCCUUGGCCUUCUUCUCAGCUUCGGUCUUGGCCUUCUUCUCAGCUUCUUCCUUGGCCUUCUUUUCAGCUUCAGUCUUGGCCUUCUUCUCAGCUUCUUCCUUGGCCUUCUUCUCAGCUUCGGUCUUGGCCUUCUUCUCAGCUUCUUCCUUGGCCUUCUUCUCAGCUUCUUCCUUAGCCUUCUUUUCAGCUUCGGUCUUGGCCUUCUUCUCAGCUUCUUCCUUGGCCUUCUUUUCAGCUUCAGUCUUGGCCUUCUUCUCAGCUUCUUCCUUGGCCUUCUUUUCAGCUUCGGUCUUGGCCUUCUUCUCAGCUUCUUCCUUGGCCUUCUUUUCAGCUUCUGUCUUGGCCUUCUUCUCAGCUUCUUCCUUGGCCUUCUUUUCAGCUUCAGUCUUGGCCUUCUUCUCAGCUUCUUCCUUGGCCUUCUUUUCAGCUUCUGUCCUUGGCCUUCUUCUCAGCUUCUUCCUUGGCCUUCUUCUCAGCUUCUUGGCCUUCUUGGCCUUCUUCUCAGCUUCUUCCUUGGCCUUCUUUUCAGCUUCUGUCUUGGCCUUCUUCUCAGCUUCUUCCUUGGCCUUCUUCUCAGCUUCUUCCUUGGCCUUCUUCUCAGCUUCUUCCUUGGCCUUCUUGUCAGCUUCUUCCUUAGCCUUCUUCUCAGCUUCAGUCUUGGCCUUCUUCUCAGCUUCUUCCUUGGCCUUCUUGUCAGCUUCUUCCUUGGCCUUCUUCUCAGCUUCGGUCUUGGCCUUCUUCUCAGCUUCUUCCUUGGCCUUCUUGUCAGCUUCUUCCUUGGCCUUCUUCUCAGCUUCGGUCUUGGCCUUCUUCUCAGCUUCUUCCUUGGCCUUCUUGUCAGCUUCUCUUCGAUCCUUGGCCUUCUUCUCAGCUUCUUCCUUGGCCUUCUUCUCAGCUUCUUCCUUGGCCUUCUUCUCAGCUUCUUCCUUGGCCUUCUUCUCAGCUUCUUCCUUGGCCUUCUUCUCAGCUUCUUCCUUGGCCUUCUUCUCAGCUUCUGUCCUUGGCCUUCCUCUUCUUCUCAGCUUCUUCCUUGGCCUUCUUCUCAGCUUCAGUGUCCUUGGCCUUCUUCUCAGCUUCUUCCUUGGCCUUCUUCUCAGCUUCUGUCCUUGGCCUUCUUUUCAGCUUCGGUCUUGGCCUUCUUCUCAGCUUCUAUCCUUGGCCUUCUUCUCAGCUUCUUCCUUGGCCUUCUUCUCAGCUUCUUCCUUGGCCUUCUUCUCAGCUUCUUCCUUGGCCUUCUUCUCAGCUUCUUCCUUGGCCUUCUUCUCAGCUUCUGUCCUUGGCCUUCUUCUCAGCUUCUUCCUUGGCCUUCUUCUCAGCUUCUUCCUUGGCCUUCUUCUCAGCUUCGGUCUUGGCCUUCUUCUCAGCUUCUUCCUUGGCCUUCUUCUCAGCUUCUGUCCUUGGCCUUCUUCUCAGCUUCUGUCCUUGGCCUUCUUCUCAGCUUCUUCCUUGGCCUUCUUGUCAGCUUCAGUCUUGGCCUUCUUCUCAGCUUCAGCCUUCUUCUCAGCUUCGUCCUUGGCCUUCUUCUCAGCUUCUUCCUUGGCCUUCUUCUCAGCUUCUUCCUUGGCCUUCUUUUCAGCUUCAGUCUUGGCCUUCUUCUCAGCUUCUUCCUUGGCCUUCUUCUCAGCUUCUGUCCUUGGCCUUCUUCUCAGCUUCUUCCUUGGCCUUCUUCUCAGCUUCUUCCUUGGCCUUCCUUCUUGGCCUUCUUCUCAGCUUCUGUCCUUGGCCUUCUUCUCAGCUUCUUCCUUGGCCUUCUUUUCAGCUUCAGUCUUGGCCUUCUUCUCAGCUUCUUCCUUGGCCUUCUUUUCAGCUUCUGUCUUGGCCUUCUUCUCAGCUUCUUCCUUGGCCUUCUUCUCAGCUUCUUCCUUGGCCUUCUUUUCAGCUUCAGUGUCUUGGCCUUCUUCUCAGCUUCUUCCUUGGCCUUCUUUUCAGCUUCAGUCUUGGCCUUCUUCUCAGCUUCUUCCUUGGCCUUCUUUUCAGCUUCGGUCUUGGCCUUCUUCUCAGCUUCUUCCUUGGCCUUCUUCUCAGCUUCUUCCUUGGCCUUCUUUUCAGCUUCAGUUUUUGCCUUCUUCUCAGCUUCUUCCUUGGCCUUCUUCUCAGCUUCGGUCUUGGCCUUCUUCUCAGCUUCUUCCUUGGCCUUCUUCUCAGCUUCUGUCUUGGCCUUCUUCUCAGCUUCUUCCUUGGCCUUCUUGUCAGCUUCUGUCCUUGGCCUUCUUCUCAGCUUCUUCCUUGGCCUUCUUCUCAGCUUCUUCCUUGGCCUUCUUCUCAGCUUCGGUCUUGGCCUUCUUCUCAGCUUCUUCCUUGGCCUUCUUGUCAGCUUCGGUCUUGGCCUUCUUCUCAGCUUCUUCCUUAGCCUUCUUGUCAGCUUCAGUCUUGGCCUUCUUCUCAGCUUCUUCCUUGGCCUUCUUGUCAGCUUCUUCCUUGGCCUUCUUCUCAGCUUCGGUCUUGGCCUUCUUCUCAGCUUCUUCCUUGGCCUUCUUGUCAGCUUCGCUUCUUCCUUGGCCUUCUUCUCAGCUUCGGUCCUUGGCCUUCUUCUCAGCUUCUUCCUUGGCCUUCUUCUCAGCUUCUUCCUUGGCCUUCUUCUCAGCUUCUUCCUUGGCCUUCUUCUCAGCUUCUUCCUUGGCCUUCUUCUCAGCUUCUUCCUUGGCCUUCUUCUCAGCUUCUUCCUUGGCCUUCUUCUCAGCUUCUUCCUUGGCCUUCUUCUCAGCUUCUGUCUUGGCCUUCUUCUCAGCUUCUUCCUUGGCCUUCUUCUCAGCUUCUUCCUUGGCCUUCUUGUCAGCUUCUGUCUUGGCCUUCUUCUCAGCUUCUUCCUUGGCCUUCUUCUCAGCUUCUUCCUUGGCCUUCUUCUCAGCUUCUUCCUUGGCCUUCUUCUCAGCUUCUUCCUUGGCCUUCUUCUCAGCUUCUUCCUUGGCCUUCUUCUCAGCUUCUGUCCUUGGCCUUCUUCUCAGCUUCUUCCUUGGCCUUCUUCUCAGCUUCUGUCCUUGGCCUUCUUCUCAGCUUCUGUCCUUGGCCUUCUUCUCAGCUUCUUCCUUGGCCUUCUUCUCAGCUUCUUCCUUGGCCUUCUUCUCAGCUUCUUCCUUGGCCUUCUUCUCAGCUUCGGUCUUGGCCUUCUUCUCAGCUUCUUCCUUGGCCUUCUUUUCAGCUUCGGUCUUGGCCUUCUUCUCAGCUUCUUCCUUGGCCUUCUUCUCAGCUUCUUCCUUGGCCUUCUUCUCAGCUUCAGUUCCUUGGCCUUCUUCUCAGCUUCUUCCUUGGCCUUCUUUUCAGCUUCAGUCUUGGCCUUCUUCUCAGCUUCUUCCUUGGCCUUCUUCUCAGCUUCGGUCCUUGGCCUUCUUCUCAGCUUCUUCCUUGGCCUUCUUCUCAGCUUCUUCCUUGGCCUUCUUCUCAGCUUCUUCCUUGGCCUUCUUCUCAGCUUCUUCCUUGGCCUUCUUCUCAGCUUCACUUCUUCCUUGGCCUUCUUCUCAGCUUCUGUCCUUGGCCUUCUUCUCAGCUUCUUCCUUGGCCUUCUUCUCAGCUUCUUCCUUGGCCUUCUUCUCAGCUUCGGUCUUGGCCUUCUUCUCAGCUUCUUCCUUGGCCUUCUUGUCAGCUUCUGUCCUUGGCCUUCUUCUCAGCUUCUGUCCUUGGCCUUCUUCUCAGCUUCUGUCCUUGGCCUUCUUCUCAGCUUCUUCCUUGGCCUUCUUCUCAGCUUCUUCCUUGGCCUUCUUCUCAGCUUCAGUCUUGGCCUUCUUCUCAGCUUCUUCCUUGGCCUUCUUCUCAGCUUCGGUCUUGGCCUUCUUCUCAGCUUCUUCCUUGGCCUUCUUCUCAGCUUCUUCCUUGGCCUUCUUUCUCAGCUUCAGCCUUCUUCUCAGCUUCUUCCUUGGCCUUCUUCUCAGCUUCUCUUCAGUCUUGGCCUUCUUCUCAGCUUCUUCCUUGGCCUUCUUUUCAGCUUCGGUCUUGGCCUUCUUCUCAGCUUCUUCCUUGGCCUUCUUCUCAGCUUCUUCCUUGGCCUUCUUUUCAGCUUCAGUUUUGGCCUUCUUCUCAGCUUCUUCCUUGGCCUUCUUUUCAGCUUCAGUCUUGGCCUUCUUCUCAGCUUCUUCCUUGGCCUUCUUUUCAGCUUCAGCUUCAGUCUUGGCCUUCUUCUCAGCUUCUUCCUUGGCCUUCUUUUCAGCUUCGGUCUUGGCCUUCUUCUCAGCUUCUUCCUUGGCCUUCUUCUCAGCUUCUUCCUUGGCCUUCUUCUCAGCUUCCUUCUUCUUUUCUUCCUUGGCCUUCUUCUCAGCUUCUUCCUUGGCCUUCUUUUCAGCUUCAGUCUUGGCCUUCUUCUCAGCUUCUUCCUUGGCCUUCUUGUCAGCUUCGGUUCCUUGGCCUUCUUCUCAGCUUCUUCCUUGGCCUUCUUCUCAGCUUCUUCCUUGGCCUUCUUCUCAGCUUCGUCUUGGCCUUCUUCUCAGCUUCUUCCUUGGCCUUCUUGUCAGCUUCUGUCCUUGGCCUUCUUCUCAGCUUCUGUCCUUGGCCUUCUUCUCAGCUUCUGUCCUUGGCCUUCUUCUCAGCUUCUUCCUUGGCCUUCUUCUCAGCUUCUUCCUUGGCCUUCUUCUCAGCUUCUUCCUUGGCCUUCUUCUCAGCUUCUUCCUUGGCCUUCUUGUCAGCUUCUGUCCUUGGCCUUCUUCUCAGCUUCGGUCCUUGGCCUUCUUCUCAGCUUCUUCCUUAGCCUUCUUGUCAGCUUCAGUCUUGGCCUUCUUCUCAGCUUCUUCCUUGGCCUUCUUGUCAGCUUCUUCCUUGGCCUUCUUCUCAGCUUCGGUCUUGGCCUUCUUCUCAGCUCUUCAGCCUUCUUGUCAGCUUCUUCCUUGGCCUUCUUCUCAGCUUCAGUCUUGGCCUUCUUCUCAGCUUCUUCCUUGGCCUUCUUGUCAGCUUCUUCCUUGGCCUUCUUCUCAGCUUCUUCCUUCUUCUCAGCUUCUGUCCUUGGCCUUCUUCUCAGCUUCUGUCCUUGGCCUUCUUCUCAGCUUCUGUCCUUGGCCUUCUUCUCAGCUUCUGUCCUUGGCCUUCUUCUCAGCUUCUUCCUUGGCCUUCUUCUCAGCUUCUGUCCUUGGCCUUCUUCUCAGCUUCUUCCUUGGCCUUCUUCUCAGCUUCUUCCUUGGCCUUCUUCUCAGCUUCUGUCCUUGGCCUUCUUCUCUGCUUCUCUCCUUGGCCUUCUUCUCAGCUUCUUCCUUGGCCUUCUUCUCAGCUUCUUCCUCUUGGCCUUCUUCUCAGCUUCUUCCUUGGCCUUCUUCUCAGCUUCUUCCUUGGCCUUCUUCUCAGCUUCUUCCUUGGCCUUCUUCUCAGCUUCUGUCCUUGGCCUUCUUCUCAGCUUCUUCCUUCUUGGCCUUCUUCUCAGCUUCUGUCCUUGGCCUUCUUCUCAGCUUCUUCCUUGGCCUUCUUCUCAGCUUCUGUCCUUGGCCUUCUUCUCAGCUUCUUCCUUGGCCUUCUUCUCAGCUUCUGUCCUUGGCCUUCUUCUCAGCUUCUUCCUUGGCCUUCUUCUCAGCUUCUGUCCUUGGCCUUCUUCUCAGCUUCUUCCUUGGCCUUCUUCUCAGCUUCUUCCUUGGCCUUCUUUCAGCUUCGGUCUUGGCCUUCUUCUCAGCUUCUUCCUUGGCCUUCUUCUCAGCUUCUUCCUUGGCCUUCUUCUCAGCUUCGGUCUUGGCCUUCUUCUCAGCUUCUUCCUUGGCCUUCUUGUCAGCUUCUUCCUUGGCCUUCUUCUCAGCUUCUGUCCUUGGCCUUCUUCUCAGCUUCUUCCUUGGCCUUCUUCUCAGCUUCUUCCUUGGCCUUCUUCUCAGCUUCUUCCUUGGCCUUCUUCUCAGCUUCUUCCUCUUGGCCUUCUUCUCAGCUUCUUCCUUGGCCUUCUUCUCAGCUUCUUCCUUGGCCUUCUUCUCAGCUUCUGUCUUGGCCUUCUUCUCAGCUUCUUCCUUGGCCUUCUUCUCAGCUUCAGUCCUUGGCCUUCUUCUCAGCUUCUUCCUUGGCCUUCUUGUCAGCUUCUUCCUUGGCCUUCUUCUCAGCUUCGGUCUUGGCCUUCUUCUCAGCUUCUUCCUUGGCCUUCUUGUCAGCUUCUUCCUUGGCCUUCUUCUCAGCUUCUUCCUCUUGGCCUUCUUCUCAGCUUCUUCCUUGGCCUUCUUCUCAGCUUCGUCCUUGGCCUUCUUCUCAGCUUCUUCCUUGGCCUUCUUGUCAGCUUCUUCCUUGGCCUUCUUCUCAGCUUCUUCCUUGGCCUUCUUCUCAGCUUCUUCCUUGGCCUUCUUCUCAGCUUCGGUCUUGGCCUUCUUCUCAGCUUCUUCCUUGGCCUUCUUGUCAGCUUCAGUCUUGGCCUUCUUCUCAGCUUCUUCCUUGGCCUUCUUGUCAGCUUCUUCCUUGGCCUUCUUCUCAGCUUCGGUCUUGGCCUUCUUCUCAGCUUCUUCCUUGGCCUUCUUCUCAGCUUCUUCCUUGGCCUUCUUGGCUCUUCCUUCUUCUCAGCUUCUUCCUUGGCCUUCUUCUCAGCUUCUGUCCUUGGCCUUCUUCUCAGCUUCUUCCUUGGCCUUCUUCUCAGCUUCUUCCUUGGCCUUCUUCUCAGCUUCUGUCCUUGGCCUUCUUCUCAGCUUCUUCCUUGGCCUUCUUCUCAGCUUCUGUCCUUGGCCUUCUUCUCAGCUUCUUCCUUGGCCUUCUUCGUCUUGGCCUUCUUCUCAGCUUCUUCCUUGGCCUUCUUCUCAGCUUCUGUCUUGGCCUUCUUCUCAGCUUCUGUCCUUGGCCUUCUUCUCAGCUUCUUCCUUGGCCUUCUUCUCAGCUUCUUCCUUGGCCUUCUUCUCAGCUUCUUCCUUGGCCUUCUUCUCAGCUUCUUCCUUGGCCUUCUUCUCAGCUUCUGUCCUUGGCCUUCUUCUCAGCUUCUUCCUUGGCCUUCUUCUCAGCUUCUGUCCUUGGCCUUCUUCUCAGCUUCUUCCUUGGCCUUCUUCUCAGCUUCUUCCUUGGCCUUCUUCUCAGCUUCUGUCCUUGGCCUUCUUCUCAGCUUCUUCCUUGGCCUUCUUCUCAGCUUCUUCCUUGGCCUUCUUCUCAGCUUCUGUCUUGGCCUUCUUCUCUCAGCUUCUUCCUUGGCCUUCUUCUCAGCUUCUGUCCUUGGCCUUCUUCUCAGCUUCUUCCUUGGCCUUCUUCUCAGCUUCUUCCUUGGCCUUCUUCUCAGCUUCGGUCUUGGCCUUCUUCUCAGCUUCUUCCUUGGCCUUCUUGUCAGCUUCACUUCUUCCUUGGCCUUCUUCUCAGCUUCGGUCCUUGGCCUUCUUCUCAGCUUCUUCCUUGGCCUUCUUCUCUGCUUCCUUGGCCUUCUUCUCAGCUUCUUCCUUGGCCUUCUUCUCAGCUUCUUCCUUGGCCUUCUUCUCAGCUUCUUCCUUGGCCUUCUUCUCAGCUUCUUCCUUGGCCUUCUUCUCAGCUUCUGUCCUUGGCCUUCUUCUCAGCUUCUUCCUUGGCCUUCUUGUCAGCUUCUGUCCUUGGCCUUCUUCUCAGCUUCUUCCUUGGCCUUCUUCUCAGCUUCUUCCUUACUGGCCUUCUUCUCAGCUUCGGUCCUUGGCCUUCUUCUCAGCUUCUUCCUUGGCCUUCUUCUCAGCUUCUUCCUUGGCCUUCUUCUCAGCUUCUUCCUUGGCCUUCUUCUCAGCUUCUUCCUUGGCCUUCUUCUCAGCUUCGGUCUUGGCCUUCUUCUCAGCUUCUUCCUUGGCCUUCUUGUCAGCUUCGGUCUUGGCCUUCUUCUCAGCUUCUUCCUUGGCCUUCUUCUCAGCUUCUUCCUUGGCCUUCUUCUCAGCUUCGGUCUUGGCCUUCUUCUCAGCUUCUUCCUUGGCCUUCUUCUCAGCUUCUUCCUUGGCCUUCUUCUCAGCUUCUUCCUUGGCCUUCUUCUCAGCUUCGGUCCUUGGCCUUCUUCUCAGCUUCUUCCUUGGCCUUCUUGUCAGCUUCUGUCCUUGGCCUUCUUCUCAGCUUCUGUCCUUGGCCUUCUUCUCAGCUUCUUCCUUGGCCUUCUUCUCAGCUUCGGUCUUGGCCUUCUUCUCAGCUUCUUCCUUGGCCUUCUUCUCAGCUUCUUCCUUGGCCUUCUUCUCAGCUUCUUCCUUGGCCUUCUUCUCAGCUUCUUCCUUGGCCUUCUUCUCAGCCUUCUUCUCAGCUUCUUCCUUGGCCUUCUUCUCAGCUUCUUCCUUGGCCUUCUUCUCAGCUUCUUCCUUGGCCUUCUUCUCAGCUUCUUCCUUGGCCUUCUUCUCAGCUUCUUCCUUGGCCUUCUUCUCAGCUUCUCUUCUUCCUUGGCCUUCUUCUCAGCUUCUGUCCUUGGCCUUCUUCUCAGCUUCUUCUUCUUCUCAGCUUCUGUCCUUGGCCUUCUUCUCAGCUUCUUCCUUGGCCUUCUUCUCAGCUUCUUCCUUGGCCUUCUUCUCAGCUUCGGUCUUGGCCUUCUUCUCAGCUUCUUCCUUAGCCUUCUUGUCAGCUUCAGUCUUGGCCUUCUUCUCAGCUUCUUCCUUGGCCUUCUUCUCAGCUUCUUCCUUGGCCUUCUUCUCAGCUUCGCUUCGCUUGGCCUUCUUCUCAGCUUCUUCCUUGGCCUUCUUCUCAGCUUCUUCAGCUCUCUUGGCCUUCUUCUCAGCUUCUUCCUUGGCCUUCUUCUCAGCUUCUUCCUUGGCCUUCUUCUUGGCCUUCUUCUCAGCUUCUUCCUUGGCCUUCUUCUCAGCUUCUUCCUUGGCCUUCUUCUCAGCUUCUGUCCUUGGCCUUCUUCUCAGCUUCUUCCUUGGCCUUCUUCUCAGCUUCGGUCUUGGCCUUCUUCUCAGCUUCUUCCUUGGCCUUCUUCUCAGCUUCUUCCUUGGCCUUCUUCUCAGCUUCUUCCUUGGCCUUCUUCUCAGCUUCUUCCUUGGCCUUCUUCUCAGCUUCUUCCUUGGCCUUCUUCUCAGCUUCUUCCUUGGCCUUCUUCUCAGCUUCUUCCUUCUUCUCAGCUUCUUCCUUCUUCUCAGCUUCUGUCUUGGCCUUCUUCUCAGCUUCUUCCUUGGCCUUCUUGUCAGCUUCUUCUUCUUCUCAGCUUCUUCCUUGGCCUUCUUCUCAGCUUCUUCCUUGGCCUUCUUCUCAGCUUCUUCCUUGGCCUUCUUCUCAGCUUCUUCCUUGGCCUUCUUCUCAGCUUCUGUCCUUGGCCUUCUUCUCAGCUUCUUCCUUGGCCUUCUUCUCAGCUUCUUCCUUGGCCUUCUUCUCAGCUUCUUCCUUGGCCUUCUUCUCAGCUUCUCUCCUUGGCCUUCUUCUCAGCUUCUUCCUUAGCCUUCUUCUCAGCUUCGGUCUUGGCCUUCUUCUCAGCUUCUUCCUUGGCCUUCUUCUCAGCUUCUUCCUUGGCCUUCUUCUCAGCUUCUUCCUUGGCCUUCUUCUCAGCUUCUUCCUUGGCCUUCUUCUCAGCUUCUUCCUUGGCCUUCUUCUCAGCUUCUUCCUUGGCCUUCUUCUCAGCUUCUGUCCUUGGCCUUCUUCUCAGCUUCUUCCUUGGCCUUCUUCUCAGCUUCUUCCUUGGCCUUCUUCUCAGCUUCUUCCUUGGCCUUCUUCUCAGCUUCUUCCUUGGCCUUCUUCUCAGCUUCUUCCUUAGCCUUCUUCUCAGCUUCGGUCUUGGCCUUCUUCUCAGCUUCUUCCUUGGCCUUCUUCUCAGCUUCUUCCUUGGCCUUCUUCUCAGCUUCUUCCUUGGCCUUCUUCUCAGCUUCUUCCUUGGCCUUCUUCUCAGCUUCUCUUCUGUCCUUGGCCUUCUUCUCAGCUUCUUCCUUGGCCUUCUUCUCAGCUUCUUCCUUGGCCUUCUUCUCAGCUUCUUCCUUGGCCUUCUUCUCAGCUUCUGUCUUGGCCUUCUUCUCAGCUUCUGUCCUUGGCCUUCUUCUCAGCUUCUUCCUUGGCCUUCUUCUCAGCUUCGGUCCUUGGCCUUCUUCUCAGCUUCUUCCUUGGCCUUCUUCUCAGCUUCUGUCCUUGGCCUUCUUCUCAGCUUCUUCCUUGGCCUUCUUCUCAGCUUCUUCCUUGGCCUUCUUCUCAGCUUCUUCCUUGGCCUUCUUCUCAGCUUCGUCCUUGGCCUUCUUCUCAGCUUCUUCCUUAGCCUUCUUGUCAGCUUCAGUCUUGGCCUUCUUCUCAGCUUCUUCCUUGGCCUUCUUCUCAGCUUCUUCCUUGGCCUUCUUCUCAGCUUCUUCGACUUGGCCUUCUUCUCAGCUUCUUCCUUAGCCUUCUUCUCAGCUUCGGUCUUGGCCUUCUUCUCAGCUUCUUCCUUGGCCUUCUUCUCAGCUUCUUCCUUGGCCUUCUUCUCAGCUUCUUCCUUGGCCUUCUUCUCAGCUUCUUCUCUUAGCCUUCUUCUCAGCUUCUUCCUUGGCCUUCUUCUCAGCUUCUUCCUUGGCCUUCUUCUCAGCUUCUUCCUUGGCCUUCUUCUCAGCUUCGGUCUUGGCCUUCUUCUCAGCUUCUUCCUUGGCCUUCUUCUCAGCUUCUCUUCUUCCUUGGCCUUCUUCUCAGCUUCUUCCAGUCUUCUUGCCUUCUUCUCAGCUUCUUCCUUGGCCUUCUUCUCAGCUUCUUCCUUGGCCUUCUUCUCAGCUUCUGUCCUUGGCCUUCUUCUCAGCUUCUUCCUUGGCCUUCUUCUCAGCUUCUUCCUUGGCCUUCUUCUCAGCUUCGGUCUUGGCCUUCUUCUCAGCUUCUUCCUUAGCCUUCUUCUCAGCUUCGGUCUUGGCCUUCUUCUCAGCUUCUUCCUUGGCCUUCUUCUCAGCUUCUUCCUUGGCCUUCUUCUCAGCUUCUUCCUUGGCCUUCUUCUCAGCUUCUCUUCUGUCCUUGGCCUUCUUCUCAGCUUCUUCCUUGGCCUUCUUCUCAGCUUCUUCCUUGGCCUUCUUCUCAGCUUCUGUCCUUGGCCUUCUUCUCAGCUUCUUCCAGCUUCUUCCUUCUUCUCAGCUUCUUCCUUGGCCUUCUUCUCAGCUUCUGUCCUUGGCCUUCUUCUCAGCUUCUUCCUUGGCCUUCUUCUCAGCUUCGGUCUUGGCCUUCUUCUCAGCUUCUUCCUUGGCCUUCUUCUCUGCUUCUUCUUCCUUGGCCUUCUUCUCAGCUUCUUCCUUGGCCUUCUUCUCAGCUUCUUCCUUGGCCUUCUUCUCAGCUUCGGUCUUGGCCUUCUUCUCAGCUUCUUCCUUGGCCUUCUUGUCAGCUUCGGUCUUGGCCUUCUUCUCAGCUUCUUCCUUGGCCUUCUUGUCAGCUUCUGUCUUGGCCUUCUUCUCAGCUUCUUCCUUGGCCUUCUUCUCAGCUUCUUCCUUGGCCUUCUUCUCAGCUUCGGACUUGGCCUUCUUCUCAGCUUCUUCCUUGGCCUUCUUCUCAGCUUCGGUCUUGGCCUUCUUCUCAGCUUCUUCCUUGGCCUUCUUGUCAGCUUCUUCCUUGGCCUUCUUCUCAGCUUCUUCCUUGGCCUUCUUGUCAGCUUCUUCCUUGGCCUUCUUCUCAGCUUCUUCCUUGGCCUUCUUCUCAGCUUCUUCCUUGGCCUUCUUCUCAGCUUCUUCCUUGGCCUUCUUCUCAGCUUCUUCCUUGGCCUUCUUCUCAGCUUCUUCCUUCUUCGCUUCUUCCUUAGCCUUCUUGUCAGCUUCGGUCUUGGCCUUCUUCUUCUCAGCUUCUUCCUUGGCCUUCUUCUCAGCUUCUUCCUUGGCCUUCUUCUCAGCUUCUUCCUUAGCCUUCUUCUCAGCUUCGGACUUGGCCUUCUUCUCAGCUUCUUCCUUAGCCUUCUUCUCAGCUUCGCUUCUGUCCUUGGCCUUCUUCUCAGCUUCUUCCUUGGCCUUCUUCUCAGCUUCUUCCUUGGCCUUCUUCUCAGCUUCUUCCUUGGCCUUCUUCUCAGCUUCUUCCUUGGCCUUCUUCUCAGCUUCUGUCCUUGGCCUUCUUCUCAGCUUCUUCCUUGGCCUUCUUGUCAGCUUCUGUCCUUGGCCUUCUUCUCAGCUUCUUCCUUGGCCUUCUUCUCAGCUUCUUCCUUGGCCUUCUUCUCAGCUUCUGUCCUUGGCCUUCUUCUCAGCUUCUUCCUUGGCCUUCUUCUCAGCUUCUUCCUUGGCCUUCUUCUCAGCUUCGGUCUUGGCCUUCUUCUCAGCUUCUUCCUUGGCCUUCUUCUCAGCUUCUUCCUUAGCCUUCUUCUCAGCUUCGCUUCUUCCUUGGCCUUCUUCUCAGCUUCUGUCCUUGGCCUUCUUCUCAGCUUCUUCCUUGGCCUUCUUCUCAGCUUCUUCCUUGGCCUUCUUCUCAGCUUCUUCCUUGGCCUUCUUCUCAGCUUCUGUCCUUGGCCUUCUUCUCAGCUUCUUCCUUGGCCUUCUUCUCAGCUUCUUCCUUAG